AUGCUUGUAACGUAUCGUCUCUGGCUGAGUCCGCUAAGUCGAUUCCCGGGUUCGCCUCUGGCCAAGGCUACAUAUUUGUAUGAGUUCUACCAUGACUGGGUUAAGCCGGGCCAGUUCUAUCGGAAGAUUCACGAGAUGCACCAAUGCUACGGCCCUAUUAUCCAAGUAUCUCCCGACGAACUUCACAUCUUGGACCCGUCGUAUCAUAAACACUUGUUUGUCAUGGGCGGAGCUCGGAAGAAUGAUUUGUACCCAGGGUCUUACCGAGGAACUCCUUAUGAAGAGCUUCUUAAAACACAUAAAGUCCACCGCUUGGUAGUACGAGCGCCCAUAGAUAAAUAUUUUUCGAGAGCGUCUACGAUCGCCGCCGAACUGCAAGUCGUCAAGUGUAUCAAGAGCUUCACCUCACGAUUAGGCGAGUUCAAGGAUACUUGGGAGCCGGUUAAUCUAAGUUACACUCUACUAUUACUGAUUAUGGAGUUCAACGCUGCCUGGUCAGUUAUCGAGGGCCAUCUCUGGAUGCAGUGUGCUUGGCUGACAUUUCCCUAUCUCUUCAGGUUCAAAGCCAAAUUUCAGGGUGUAAUUACUGUUCCCUUACUGGGUAUGGUCCCAAAGCCAGCAAGGAGUUCAUUAAUGCGGAUCUUACGAUUUCUUCAGAAACAAGCAUCGACAAAGAAUGAAUACGGGACGAUUAUUGUGAACCUUGCGCUAGAUGACAGGAAACGGCAAGCCCUGCAGAGCGAGAUCAGCAAUUUUCUGAGCCAGGAUCAAGCGCCUGACCUUACGGUGACUCGUGUCUUUCCCGAAAAUGACUUUGUUGUAGAAGGAUGGACUAUUCUAAAGGGGAUCCCAGUCGGGAUGUCUUCUUACUGGAUGCACAUGGAUCCAGAAGUGCUUCCCGAGCCAGAAAAAUUCAAGCCCGAGCGUUGGUUCCACACUGAAGAGAACCACGACCCGCGAAUAACUGAAUAUAUGGUUCCAGUUGGUAGAGGAUCGAGGGAUUGCCCUUGGGAAGCAUUUUGCUGA